AUGGAGAAAACUCCGAGUCAAACCCUUUGGCCGGCCUGCCCUAAGCUGGGCACGACGGCGAUGGUCCGCGCGGCGGCGCUGCUGCUGGUGCUGCCGGCCUUGGCGAUCCUGAGCGUCGUGGAUCCCGAGGUGGCGAAGCCGGCGUGGGACGACGGCGUGGUGGACGGCGUCGACGCCGACCUCUUCCGCCGCGCCAUGGUGCAGAUCGACGACGCGCGCCUCGCCGAGCCGCGCGGCAAAAUCGCCUUCCUCUUCCUCGUGCGCGGCCCGUUGCCGCUGCAGGAAAUCUGGCACCGCUUCUUCCAGGGCCACGAGGCGCAGUUCUCGGUGUACAUCCACGCGUCGCUGCCCGACUUCGACUGCGACCGCGCCGUCAGCUUCGCCGCCUUCCGCGGCCGCCAGAUUCCGAGCGUGCCGAUUUCGUGGGGAGGGCCCAACCUGAUCCGCGCGGAGAGGCGGCUGCUGGCGGCGGCGCUGGCGGACCCAGCGAACCAGCGCUUCGUGCUGCUCUCCGAAUCGUGUGUGCCGCUGUUCAACUUCUCGCACGUGUACGACUACCUCUUCGCCUCGCCCACCAGCUUCAUCACCAGUCAUCCCAGCGAGUGGCGGUACCAGCCGGGCAUGGCGCCAGCUGUCAACCGCAGCCAGUUCCGCAAGGGCUCGCAGUGGUUUGCAUUGACUCGGCGGCAUGCGGACAUGGUGGUGGCGGACACACACGUGUACGACGCCUUCCUAACCAACCAUGCCAUGAUUCCUGACGAGAGCUACAUCCAGACGCUCCUUCUGGUACCUUCCCUGCGCCCUCCUAUCGAUUGCUCCUCUGCUUUCCUUCACUCGCACACCUGCGCCUCUCCCUCUCGCUUUCUUCCACUGUGUGCCUUCUUCCACCGCGGCGUGGAGCCGCGGGGGGUGACGUUUCUGCACUGGCAGCCGACGGCGGGGCGCCACCCGCUGACCAUCACACCGGAGCAGCUCACGCCCGACUUCCUGCGCUCCGUGCAGCGCACGCGCCUGCCCCCCAAGGAGGCCAUUGGCUUCCUGCGUGUGCCCGCGCCGCGCCUCUGCCAGCUGGCGGGGCGCCCCACGCACUGCUUCCUCUUCGCCCGCAAGUUCAACGCCUCUACCAUCCCCACCCUCCUCGCCCUCUCCCCCGCCCUCGGCUUCUAG